AUGUCGCUGAAUAAGUUUGGAGUAUCGCAAGAAGAUUAUGCCUCUGAUGGAACGCAGCAACGUAAUGAAGAAAAUACUCUUUGUCUAAACGAGGCCGAAGAUUUUGACGCACAAUAUCGCAAGAUACAAAAUGUAGCGCAACCGGAAACCAACAAUGAUGUUGCAACCAAACAAUAUGUGGACAUCAUAAGCAUGAGAAGACGAUCAUCCUCCGUAAUGGCGAAGAAAUCAUCAAAAGUCGGCAAACGGAAGAACGAAAAGCAGCGGCUCGGGGACGAACUAUACGCUUCAGCGCGAAAGAAUUUUCCACUCAGACGUGUCAUCGUGCGCGAGUACGACAAUCUGUGGCAGGCUGAUGUGGUAGAGAAGCGUCCUUACGCGCGAUUCAACAAUUGUCAUCACUAUAUACUUACGGUUAUCGAUGUGCUUAGCAAACAUGCAUGGGCCGCAUCUCUCAAGACUAAGAGUGGAAAGGAAGUAGCAGAUGUUUUCGCACAGAUAAUUCGAAAUGAUGGUAGAUGCUGGAAAAACCUCCAAACCGAUCAGGGCAAAGAAUUUUACAACGCUGAUGUGCAGAAACUUACAAAGAAACUCAACGUUAAUCAUUACUCUACGUAUUCCGUCAUGAAGGCAUCGGUCGUGGAACGAUUCAAUUGCACGUUGAAGAACGACAUGUGGAAAAUGUUUACACUCUGA